UACUGACACGGUCCCAAAUGUAAAUAACGCGGAGUUUGAGGAAGAUAGUUGGAGGAGGGGACAUUUCAAAACGUAGAGUCGUUUUACUUCGAUGUUGUCGGUGAAUGUUUUGUCGGUGUCACUAAAGCAUAUAUGCAAUCCCACCACAUCACUGAACACCCUCCUAUAUCACUCUGGCGUUUCUUAUAAAUCUUCAUGUGCUUCGCGUCUUGGAUUUACAGAGUACUCUCAUCGGGGGGUUUUUUUUGCUAGUAUUCUUCAUACAUACCACCAUGUUUGUUGGUCGAACCACUCUUAUCUUGAUUUCUUCAUUGACAGUCUGUAGCUUAGUAUAGCAUAAGACCUUAGUGUAUAUUACUUGAGAACGUGCAAAAAUUAAAUUUAUUCUUCGCUUAUGUUGCUUCA